AUCUUGAUGAAUUAAUUAAAAAAACUGCAUUAUUUCUUUUGGAUUUUUUUGAUGAGAUUUCAAAAAAUGAUGGUAGAGUAGAAAAGAAAAUGGAAGGCAAAAAAAUCAAAAAACCUUAUUAUUAUAUUUUGCCAAUUAAAUCUGGUUUCCGUGCUAGUGUUUUGCCACUUGGGUACCAUACAAAAACAUCACCAAUUAUUGAAAAGUUAUGUGAUUAUGAUAAUUGUAAAAUAUCAAGUACAGAUUUUCAAGUAUUAAUAUGUGGUCAUUCUUACCAUGAAGAAUGUUUUUGGGUGUUAAGACUUCAAUGCAAUUACUGUUAUUCCUAUCUUUCAGGUGCCAUUGAUGAUCUGACAAAAUCUUAUAAUGAAAGACUAAACAUGGAUGAAGAUAUUAAUAAUGAGCCAGAUUUGGAAAUUAAUUUACAAUCAGAAGAUAGUGAUAUGGAUGCUGCUAACAUAUUAAAUAUAGAUGGAGAGAUUGAUAGAAGCUUAAAAGAGAGAAUAUCAGGUAAUUGUAAAAUUUAUUAA